AUGUCCACAGCAGUGUACUACCAGCAAGAUAAUCUUGGUGUCGAAGACUAUUCCAAGCAUUCUACUUCUAACCCGGCUUCGGUAUCGCAUCUGCUUCCUCUGUUAGCACGUAUGAUGCCUGUGAACCAACAGUACGCCUAUGAUGCACUGCAGCAGUACCAGUACCAGCAGCAGACGUCCCAGGCAGCGCCAGUGACCCUGGCUCUGCAUCAUCAGCCCCAUUCGCAGUCGAUCCAGGCGCUGGCCCACCACCAAAGUUUUAACCACCAGCCCCAUCAGACGCAGGGUCUGAGUCAUCAACCACAAUCGGCUGAUAUGGCUUACGGACUAUUGUCGUCACAAUAUUCCUCAUACUCACAGGCGCAGACUGAUGCUUUGCAGAACACCCCCAACCUGUACCACCUGAGUGUUAACACUACACCUGCCUCGUCCUUCAAUUCCAACUACAUUGCUCUGAACAUGAUGCUGACUCCACAUACUAUGGCUAAUUCGGCUGGUGGAUAUAGUGGAGUGGGCGUGGAGAAGUGUAUUUGCAAACUGAACCCUAAUCGAAUUCCACGGCCCCGAAAUGCAUUUAUUCUAUUCCGCCAGAAAUACCACCAGUCGGUGCUUGAUGAGGCCACCGAGGCGAAAACAAACCCCGAGGUUUCAAGGGAGUUGGGUCGUCGGUGGAGAGCCCUUUCACCUGGUGAAAGAGACCAUUGGAACAAUUUGGCGGAGGAGGAGAAGAAAAAUCACGCCAAAAAAUAUCCCAAUUACCGUUAUACUCCUCGCCGCAAUGGCAAGAACAAGAACUGUCCUGUUUGUCACCUGAAAGGUGCUCGUCAAGGCCAUGCCGUGCAGCCACAGACCCAUUACCUUGCCCAGCAGGACCACCAGAUGAUGCUGCUGGCACAAAAACUGCCCUUGGCACAGCAACAGACGAUACCUGGCCUGAUGCAACAGUACCAGUCGCAGAUGGGAUCACAAUCGCCAUAUUCACAGCAGACUCAUCAGCAGGCUCAACAGCAAGUGCAACAUCAGGCACAGCAGCAAGUACAGCAGCAAUUGGCACAACCAGCCAAUGCCUACUUGUCCCAACAAAUGGGCCUGUACGUGUACCCAUAUCAGCAGAUUGCUAGCCAAUUCAGUUAUGGCGAUCAGAUGCUGCUGGGACUGACACCAAUGCUGCAGUAUCACAGUCAGCAAAGCUUCCAUCAACAACAACAGGCGCAACAACAGGCGCAACAAUCGGCACCACAACAGAACCAGAACCAACUGCCCCAGCAGCAAACUCUGCAACAACAUCUCCAAGGUCUGCUGCAACAGUAUGCGGCCCCUGAGGCACUGACGGGACCUUACGGAGCAUACGACCUGGCACACGGACAGCAGCGAUUCAAUUCUCUCCCCACACCAACUACAGGUAACUCCUACUCUGGCUACGAGGGGUUUGCCAUGCCUAGCCAGCCCCAGCAGUAG